CUCAUAUUAUUUUAACCACAUUUUCUGUUCUCGCAGACAAGAAGCAUCUACUGUAUAUCAGGUUACUGACAGCAUUCCAUUGUGCACCAAAGCUGUAAAAUGGCAGAUAAAAAUUAUACUUAUUACAUACAUGGAGCUGAGGAGCAACUGUGUUCUGGAUACCUUUACAAAUCUCCCCCAGAAAAACACCUGAAGAACCAGAAAUCGUGGAAACGGAGGUAUUUUGUUCUCCUAAAGUACAGCAAUGACAGAUGCCUGCUUAAUUACUACAAAAACGAAGAGACAAACAAGUCACUGGGAAACAUUGACUUGUCCAAGAUCACGUUUAUGUUCCUGAACCCUGAGAUGCACGCAAUGUGGAAAUGGAUUCAUGAAAACUUCAGAUGUUCACCUUCUAGUGUAAUGUUUAUUCGAGUCCCAGAAAGAGAAUACUUCCUUAUUGGAGAAAACAGCUGGGAGAUGGAGAAAUGGUUCAAUGCUUUAUUUACCAUCUUAAAUUUUCGUCCACACAAAUUGCUGGAUCCCAAGACAUUUGGGUCAAUGAGAAGCAUCAGCGAACCUCCGCAAUCAGUAAAAGACAAUGAGCAGGGAGCGCAGUGGGGUCAAACUAAAUAUGUUGUACAUGAGCUGCCGCCAGUCGUGACCCAAGAACCCAUCUAUGACACUCCAAAAAAAGUCAAAAGUAAAAUAAAGGAUACAAAUAAAAAGCAUAGCGCAAACAUACACACACAAAGAGACACUAAUAUUUUCACUCUUUUUGUUCAUGAUGAAACAGAACUGAACAGUGAAUCAUGAAGAUGACGACCGAGAUCCAACUUUCAGAACAGACCAACAGUCUGAAAACAAGACUGAAUGCAUGAUAUAUUUGUUGUAAACAUGUUUUUGGUUUAUUUUUCCAUUUCAAUCAUUUUUUUAAUGAAAUAUAUUUCACUUUUACUUUGACAUUUGACUAUAAGUGUAUCAUAAACUUUUAUAUCAUAAUAUCAUAUAAUAUGUGUAUAAUUUUGCAUUUUAAUAAAAAGAUAUUCUGGUAUGCAAA